AUGCUGGGUGUACAGGAGGUUGGAUGCAACAUUCCACCAGCCAACGCAGAUGGCUCCUUAGCGACCAUUGAGGCUCCAGAGGCCUCAGAACUUGACGACUAUCAUAUCCUUGGCUCCUCGUCCUGUGAUUCGCACUUAGGCAAUGUGAUCCUUCUUGACAGGCAAUCCGUGAAAUUUAUUUCUGAGUCCUGGCAUGGGAGGAGAUUUGCUGCAGUUCGCUUCACCUUGGAUUCUGGAUGCGAGGUGGUUUUCGUUAACGUGCAUUUUCCGCAUAAAGAUAGGCCUGAUGGUGAAUUUGAGCUUGCAUGUGCAGAGUUGAACCAUAUUUUCACGAAGUAUUCAUCGAUUGCAGUUAUUGUUGCGGGAGAUUUCAACUGCGAGUGGAAAGGUGAUUGCGAUGAUAGGGGGGCUGCCCUCCAGAUUGAACUUGCAUCCCUUGGCGUGUGCUGCAAACAGUCUGAGUGCAGUACUUGGCAUGGCAGAGUGAGCUCCAGAACAUACGACUACUUCAUUCUCAAUGAUAGAAUGAAAGCCUUGCUUGUUGAUGUUGACUAUGGGGACGAUACCAAUGUGGUGAGUGGCUCGCGUAUAGAGCUUCCCUCUGAUCACGACCUUGUAUGUUGUUCUAUCCUAAUGUAUGCGACCUCAAAUCCGAUAGAGCUCCGCACGCAGACCUGGCACAGAAGACCUUGCCGGAAAUGGGUGGUUGACGCAGCACAUGUCGCCCAGCUUGCUGCGGCUCAGCGAGAUGUCUUUGUGCAGCAAUACAGCCCCUCUCAACAGUGGGAGGCGUUAUGUGCUAUGUCUCGACAGGUGCAGGAGCGUAGUCGGCUGACGAAGGAGAUACUGACACAAAGACACCUCGCCAGACUUCACUGGUGGAGCAAGCUUGAGUCUCAAGCUGCGUCGGGAGAUUUCGGUGCCAUUGACUAUGUCCGCAAGAAGCAAAAUCCCAGACCUUCCACAAAAUCGUUUGUCGCUCGAGUGGGUGGUGCCCAAGCCGCUGCGACGGAGGUCAAAGAUCACUUUUCGCAGGUGUUCUCACAACCGAGUGAGAACGAAGACGAUGAAGCAGUCAAGAGAAGCCUCAUCCAAACUGACGAGGGUAUUGAUAUUCUGCAACACUUCCUGACGGCACUUUUACAUCAUGGUUCUGAUGACAUGCAGAAUUUCAAGCAAUGCAUGGUGGCUCUCGUGCCCAAACUCCAACAAGUUUGUGGUCCUAGUGAUCUCCGACCUAUUUGCAUGCUAGAAACCAUGCACAAGUUGUUCUGCAAACUGCUUGUCUCCAGACUUUUGGAUGUUUGGCCCCCGCCGAAACACCAGUACGGUGGGCUACCUGGUGGCCAAGUGCUCCAUGCGCUUCUGGGUGUCCACUCGUUCCUGGAGCGUGAGUCCCUGCAGGGUGCCCCAUGCAUCUACGUCAGCCUGGACAUUAAAAAAGCUUUUGACAGCGUGCGAUAUCAGCAUCUUCUUCAGCACAUCAUAGAUGUGACCCCGGCAAGUCACGCUCCUGAAGCGCUGAGACUUUGUCACAUGCUUCUGCAUCCCACUUUAAACUUUGAGUUUGAGGGACGCAGUUGGCAGCUGGAGGACUCUCCGCUACGGCAGUGCAAGUGGGCUAGCGAGGCCAAAUAUCUACGAAAGACUGUGUCGCACUUUGACGCCCUGAGCCCUCAAGCAGAAGACUUGAACGAUGCCCUGGUGGGUUUCUGCAGGCGUGCUGUCUUUCAAGGGUUAGAACAACUUGCUUCGAUCACUCGCAAGCUCAAUUGGAAUCAAAGCAUUGCGUGCCUCAACAUUUUGCACAAGUAUAUCCAUGCAAAGUGGUUAUGGAUUUCGCCUCUCCUUUCACCCAAACAGAAGCAUAUUGACGGUAUAUCGAAGCUUCAGAACGACGCUGCUAUAGCUGUCCUCAAACUGUACAUUCCGGCCUGGCUUGACUCCAAUUCGGCCCUGCCUCUCAAUCUCUUGCGUCGACGCACGGCGGCUCUCUUGCAUCAUCUUGAUGGUAGGGCUGCAGUGACUCAAGCUUGGAUACAGCGAAAGUGGAACUAUGUGGGUCAUGUGCUAAGAAUGCGAGAGGACUCCAUGCCGUCCAUUGCGUUGCAGCAAGGAGUGCUUGGUAGAAUAGUUGAGCUCUACUGGUUGCCCCCGCACUAUGCGAAGCCUACUACUGAUUGGCUGAGAUGGCAGCGUGCUGUAACUCAUGAGUGCCACUGGGGGUUGAGUCUCUUCGUGCUGCUGCGUUCGGAUUCUUGGGCUGUGGUGUGGCUGGAUGUCACGGACGGCUGGCAAAGUCUGACAUUUGCACGGCAUGAGGACCUUUACUCCGUUUUGCACUUCGUCAUUUGUCAUCUCAGAUAUGUGGACACCUGGCUGUCUUUCCAAGUUCUCUUCGCGCAUACUGCUUUUGAGAUCUUUGAGCAUACCCUCUAUGAUGUCACUGUCAAGCUAUACAAAGCAUUCCAGAGAGUAGUGUCCUAUCAAGUUGUGCCUGAAGCUUGGUGCCGCGAAGCCGAGGAGAUGAUCAAUGGCAAGACGGGGGCAAACACCAUCGAAGUGAACUGGCAGCCUCCGAAGAAGUCUGAGGAGGAGGAGCGACGGGAAGCUGAAGAGCGCGCCCGAUCACCCGUGAGGGGUCCCUCGGGCCGCGGGCGAGCGACCACCCAGCCUGCCUGGAUGACCCGCGGUCCCUCGGACCCGCCGCCUCCGAGCAUCCCGGACCAGAGCGAUGCCGAAGAGCGAGGUGCCACGGCCAAGGCCCCGCCGGCCCAGCCGCCAAAGGAGCGAUCGCCCUCGCCACUAGGCCCCCGGGGGCGCGGGCGCGGCACGGCCGUGCCAGCCUGGCAAUUGCAGGGCGUCGGAAACACAGCCACUGCGGCCAUCGACAGCCAGCCUCACAUACCUGACCAGCCCGACCCAGAAGAGGAGAAGAAGCAGUCGGCACUCGAAGAGUUGUUUGCCGAGCGCGCGCCCGUGGACGAUCUCCUGGCCUCGUCGAGGCACGGAAGACACAAAGGAGGUUGGAAGCACCGGAAGAACAGCGAUCAGUGCGAUCGCAGCCGGUCGCCGAAGCAGUGGGAGACAGGCCAGCAAGAAGACAAGAGCUGGCAGAAGCAGAGCUGGAAGGAAGAGGAGCAUGAGGACUGGAGCAACAACAAGUGGGGCAACGAUCGCAACAACAAGUGGAAGGGCUGGGAGGAUUCGGGCAGCUCGAACAGCUGGCAAGGAGGCUGGAAGAGCUGGAAGAAGGAGGAAGCGGCGGAAGAGGAGUACCAGGAGGAAGAGGAGGUCGAGCAGGAUUGGAAGCGGCAGCGGACACAGCGGAACUACUCACCCAAGGCCUACGUGCCCCGCUCGGUGUCGUUGUCGGGGCCACAGCGGCCACAGCCCCCCAAGCACCCGCCUCCGCCACAGGCAGUCCAGGCACAGGCGAGCAAGGCCCAGCAGAUCGUGGCAUGGCAGCCGCAGCAGCCUGCGCAGCAGCCGCCACGCUUCGCACGCCUUCAGCCGGCCCAGACGCCACCGGCGCCACCCAAGGCGCGGCCAAAGCUGCCUCAGGCGCCCCAGGUGCGCCGCUUUGUGGAGACGACAGCGAGCCAGCACGAGCAGGCGCCACCGAUAUCCGCCCCGAAGCUGGGGCCCCCGAAGGCGUUUCGAGUGCCCGAGGUUUCGGGCGCGCCGUCUGCGCAGACUGGCGUCGUGGUGAAUCCACCCUCCGCAACCGCAAAGUACGGCGAGCAGCCGCGCGCCGCACCUUCGCUGCCCAGGCGGCGGGGGCUUCCGAUGCCCCCUCCACAGAGGCUGCAGAAGCCCAGUGGGUCUUCUGGAGGUCUGGCCAUCAUGGCACCCACCACAUCUAAGCAGCCGGCAUACAAAGCCAGCUGGAACAACAGCGGUGACGGCGAAGCCUGGGAGGAGGAUCCCGCGGGACAAGAGGCGGCCGCCACAGGGGGCAUGAUGCCCAUGGAUCAGCGCGAAUCCUGGGAUUUCGAGGCUCCUGCACCUGCGCACCCGCCGCCACUUGUAAAGGCUCCUCCAGCACGGGGGGAGUUGAGGAACGCCCUACAAGAGGGCUACGAGGGCUACGCGGGCCACGAGGGCUACGAGGGCUACGAGGGCCACGAGGGCUACGAGGGCUACGAGGGCCACGAGGGCUACGAGGGCCACGAGGGCUACGAGGGCUACAGCCAGGCAGGGCGAGCACUGGAGUCAAGGGGCGCUUUGGGGCAUUUUGAUGUUGACCCAGCGUUGCCUGUUUGUUUUAUCCACAUGGCUGGCAACAUGCGGUUGGGCACACAGGUAGAGGACACGGCAGUGCAACAGGCUCUGCCCAGUCUUGCUGAUCAGGAGGCCGCUGCUGAGCGUGCUGCCGCCUCGGAAAAGCUCGCGGCGGAGAGGCUGAAACGUUGGUCAGGAAGCUUGUUGCCUCCGGCUAGCCUCGAUUUUCUGGGACCUGAGAGGCUUCGUAAGGAUGUUGUGCUUGUGGCUCCCGACGGGAUUGAAAGGCGAGCGGCUGUGGCAGCCGACCGGGAAAAGGCAAAGUUGGAUAUUCCGCCUCAGCUCAUGUGGCGGGUACUUCUCGGAGCGGUCGGUGUUGCUGCGGCACCGUGCCACAGCAAUGUGAGCGAUCAAUGCCUGGAUACAAAGAUGGACUGCCGUGCGAUGGGGUCGCCUGUGGAGCCUUGUGCCUGCAGGGACGGCUUCGUAGCUGAAGUGAUCGAGUACACGGAGUUCGCGGUGGGUGGCCAGUUCUACUUCCGGUGUUGCCCCGGCGCCGUUGCAGACAGAGGCUGUGAACUCCCAGAACGCCAUCGGCGGUACCACGAAGUGCUGCAGAUUUUUGGUUUCGGAUUCCUCCUUGUAGGCGUGGCAGGCAUACUUCUCGUGACUUGGGCACCUCGCAGUGGGACGAGGCAACUGAAGCCGGGAGAUGGAGAGCUCCUCUCGCCAAAGUGGCAGGGAGAUGGCUUGGCUUUGCACCAGUCCGUUGCGCAAGAGAACUGGUGUGUAACCUUGGCCGAUCUUCGUCAGUUUCGCCGGCUGGUGAUGCAUGCGGUCGAUCAAGGGUUGAUUCAACCAACAGACCGCGACGGCUUCGAAGCCUCAGACGUGACUGGUGGCCCAUCGGUGUACACGGGUAUCUACGAGUUCCUUGACAGGGUAGAGCACUCAUGGCCAAAGCGUGGCAAAGCCGCAUACAUCUGCUUCUUGUCCAACCCGCAGAACUUGGACAUCGCCGGCCUCAUCUCAAGUCCCAGCGAGUCGCCUAUUGCAGCGGCCCUACGCUCGGCCUCCACGAUGAUCGUUGUCCCAAAUCGAGAAGCAAGCAUCUACAAAGGCCCAAGCGAAUGCUGUGCUGAGUAG